AUGUCCCAACCGACACUCACUCCUUACGAAGAGGCCCAUCUUAACGAGAGUAGGCAACCUGCGCUUUGGGGUUGUUUGAUCUCUUUCCUCGUUAUCAACGAUGUGGCCAUCGCGGGAAGACUGUGGGGAACAUGGAGAUCUGUAGCAAACCGCUCGAGGGUCAUAUGGGAGGAUUUCUUAAUCGUGCUGACCGGGAUCCUUGUGAAUGUCAUUAUAGCGAAUCUCAUGGUAGCAACACACUAUGGGCUUGGUCUUCAUAUCGAAGUCGUCAACCACCGGGACCCAGACUACCCAUCGAACGUAUCCAAGACUUUUAGGCAUGUCUGGAUUACUAUGGUUUUGAUGUGUAGCUUCUUCCUCGCCAUCAAAAUGACGCUACUUUUCUUCUACAAGCGGGUAUUUUUAGUAAACGACCCGAGACUACGGAUAUUCUGGUGGGCCAAUUUCGUCUAUAUUGUCCUCUGGUUCUUCGGCGGUACGGCCUUCUACCUAUUCCAGUGCAAACCAGUGCAGUGGUAUUUCCUCCAGUAUUACGCUCGGUACAAAAAACCGGUUCCCGGGGGCUUGGAUGGCCAAUGUGAUGCUACAAGCGUACUCCAUGUAUCGUUACCGACAAUUUUUAGUUUGAUCUCGGAUGUCGGACUCCUGCUGCUACCAAUUUGGGCAAUCUCCAAAUUAAGGCUCGACAAAUCUAAGAAACGUGGUCUAAUGGCCGUCUUCGGCAUUGGUUUGGUUGCUGCCCUACUUGAGCUAGCUCGUAUAUUGGCUCUUUUACUCGACACGGACGACAAGAACGAUCCUAGUUACGGCGUCGCUGUAUACUUAAUCCUCACCGCCGCAGAAGAGACUACAGCGGUAGUCUGCGCGUGUGUCCCCGUAAUCGCACCGCAGUUACUGAGGAUAUAUAGGGGCAAUUCGAGGGAUAAGAGUUAUGUCUAUCAGAGGAAUGCAGACCAAGGCUCCGGGAAACAGAGCUCUCGCGGCUUCAAGCGCGUCGUUAGCUUGAAUCACAUAUGGACUAUGCCGACAACUAUUGAUGCCUCAAGGGUGGAUACUACUCAGGAUGACGGUAUCCCCCUUACCAGCGUCGAUAUUACGGGAAAUCCAUCUUCGAAAAGCAGCAGGCAAGAUAUCACCUCCAGCUACAUCCGACAUCAACAACAAGAACAAAUGGGAGCUAGCAACAACCAGAUCGAGCGCGGACAUUCGCCAGCAUACCUACCUAAGAUAACUUAUGUCGACCCGGGAAAUAUAGUGAUUCCACCAACAUCGGACGAUAUCUACGUACGCACUGAUAUCCAAGUCAAUGUGAACAAGGCAGUUUGAGUAAAAGACAUAAUGUAACGAAUAAAACCGAAAGGUUAUGAUGUAUGAUCUGCUUGACUUCCCUAACUAUGUAUUUCUAAUGUUUGGCUUAUACUAUCAUUAACAUAAGACUUGGGUCUUGGCGCUAGGAUGGACAUAUGAUGGGUACAUGGUCUAUAGGACAUUUUGUGCGUAUAACUUGGCGUUAGGAUAAUCAGUGAUUUUAUUCGGCUUGUUACAUCCAGGGGAACGUUCUCUGCGUCGAAUAUGGUGGAGAUCGUUAAGUGGAUAUGACAACCAAGACCUAAGGGUCAUCCACCUAGUCUCCCGACAAUUCAUCGAACAGAGAGUUACUAAGUUCAUUUGGGAAGAGAACCGAUAAUUGCGACGUGAUGGAGUAUCGAGCACUCAA